AUGCCUCCACCCAAUUCGCCUCCGGGAUCUAGUUCCCAACAGCACAAUAAGCCUCAUAGCUAUGGUCCACCACCGCCACGUCCUCCGCCUCUCAGCGUGGGACCGCCAUCAGCAUUUCCAUCUGGCCGCAAUCUCCCUGCCUUGAGCUCCAUCACACGCUCUGCUCCUAGCACAGGCAGCUCCAUGUCGAUAUCGUCCAUGCUAGGUGGUCCUUCUCACUCGUCUCACGAACCGCAGCCUCCACCAAGACACUAUUCGCCGCACUCAGCUCCCCCCGGGCCGACACCAGGGCCGCCAUACUCUUCCUCUGUCCAAGCCUCGCCGCGUAUGCACUCUGCAUCCUCAGAAUAUGCCCCAUUCAGACGGCCGCAAACACCAGAUCACCCUCGAUCUUACGAUCACCGCGGCAGCGCUGGCCCUUCUCCACAUGGCCCAUACUCCUCUACGCCAGAGGUCCAACGUCAGUCAAAACCAUCAUAUGGGUCGCUUCCGAGACCGGGAGACCUAGGCCGACCUGAGGAUCCCUACGCUCGCCGUGAUGACCGACCCCCGACCGACUACGGACCUGAUCGAUCAGCACCGCCUCGACACUAUCCGUUUGACGAUCGCUAUAGGCUAGAACGAGAUCGUCCAGCUAGCGUCGAACAACGCGAUCGAGAGGAGAACCGCGGCUACUCCAACGAACCUGCGCGACAUCACGAUACUGGCCUACGUGAUCCUCCACGCAACUCCUACGGAAGCCGCCCCGCUGACUCCCGUGAGUCGCAUUGGGGGAGGCCGAGUCAAGAGUAUAGAGCCCCAAUGGAACAUCAACGGCCUCCAACUCAUGACUAUGGUUCAUCGUCUAACCAGUACCCACACUCCUCCGGCUACGGGGUUACUGGUUCGGAUCGCUAUCCACCCACUUCGCAUCCGGGCGGACCACCUUCAUAUGAGCAGCAGGACCGAACACAGCUUGAACGCCUGCAUCCUGGGCCUCCGCCACCUCGACCUCGAGUAGGUGAAGAACACACUACGCCAUCCGCUUCGACAGGUUAUCCAGCGUCCGCACCGUACGACCCCACCCGCCAUCGAAACGAUGACCCCAACACGCCGAUCCACCAACGAAACAUUAUGGCCGUUCAAGAUAUGAAUCGCAAGGGCCGCAUGUCCCCGCUUCCGCAAGCCGUGCAGGGUGCACAGUCCCAACAGCCAGGACCUGCCACUGACCAAGGCAUCAAGAGUGAAUUUGGUCGCAUGUUUGCUGGUAUUGGUAGCGGUGUUGGACCCUCUAGCCCGGUUGCUUCAGCGGCGGGUUUGUAUAAUGCUGCACCUGUUGGUGGCAGACAAGACGACGGCGUUGAUGUUGGCAUGGAUGGUAAAAACGGCAAGGCCAGACGACGCAAAGAUGGCGAGAGGGAUGAUGACAGCUCCGGUCGUGCUACACCUGUAGGCGGCCGAGAUGCCAAACGACCAAAGGGUCAUCAUCAUCACCAUCACCAUCACCACCAUCAUCAUACCACCGACUCUGUUUCGUCCCCACUUGUUGGAAUUACGCCGCUUAAGAACGUCAAGAGCGGGAGCGGAGAGAACGGCGAGAGAGUCGGCCACCACCAUCAUCACCACCACCACCACUCCAAGCCUAUGCAGCAGAGCUUGAGCCAGCAGUCCAAGGUCACUGUACCACCAGUGAUACCCCCCAAAACCAAGACAAUCAUCAAUUCUAAGGCGGUGUUGGAUGCUGUUGCAGACCUACCCAGAGAGCACUUGGGCGAUGUCGUUUACGAGCCCAACUUGAAGACUAGCCGGUUACUUCCAAACGUCCCAUCACAGCGUGGCUUUUCCUCUACCCCAACACCUCUUCCCUUUGACUUGAUCAGAGGUAAGGAAAACUGCACACUGACUGUCAAGGUGCCCAAAGUGCACCUAACUGGAGUGGCUAGAGAGGAAAUCACAGCACGGGCGUUCCUGUGGGGAACCGACAUCUACAGCGAUGAUUCAGACAUCGUCGCGGCUUGUGUCCAUGCAGGCUGGAUUAAGGGACAAUGGCCGGAGGAGGUUGACAUGGCUAUGCUAGCGCUCGAGGAUGAUGGAGCUAAAAAGAAGCCCAGCUCCCAAGUCGCAAAAUCAGACGUCAAAACCAACGGCACGAUUGCCUCUCCUCCCGAAGCCGGUCCUAUGGCUGUCCCUAGCAACAAGGACUUGCAUGUUACCAUUCUCAUCCUCCCUCGAUUGGUCAAGUACACAGGUAUGACUCGCAACGGCAUCACCAGCCGAGACUUUGGCGGCGAAUUUGGCACUCGCCAUGUUGUCCAUGACGGCCUAAGCUACUUGGUGCAAAGCAUUCAAUGGGUAGAGAAUGGCGGCCAGUCACAAGGAAGAUUACGUGGAAAGGAGCGACGUGAUCGCAUGAGGCGAGCCAUGACAGAGGCCAAAAGCGUCGGCAACGUUGACGCAACGGUAUCCUGGAAGCUUGAGAAGCGCGAAAGCCUCAAGAAGCUGCCAGUGAUGACAAGGUGGCCACUGUCGCCAAGGAGGAAGAUGCAAAGGAAGAACCCGCCACCAAAGAUACAAAGGAUGAUGAUGAGAAAGGAGCAAAACAGGACGUUGAAAUGGGAGAUGCGCCAGAGGACCCGGCUCCUAAAGAGGCGACUGCGCCAGAAGCCGCGGCCGAAGCAGAAAAGCCAACAACAGCGACUGAACAGAAUUAAUGCAGGGCAUGGAUUUAUGAAGCGUGUAUUUGUACAAAAGAUGUAUUUUUCCCCUUUGCAGCGAAUUAUAUCUUUUAGUCUGUGGGUAUUGUUAAAAAUACAAAUAAAAGCACUGAGAACCCCUAUGUUUCCUAAAUGUACAUUAUGUCUUUGUUGCUUGUUUCGUAGUGACGUUCGUGUCGCGUGA